GGCUUCCAGCGGAGGAGCCCGAUGUGGGACUCGAUCCUGGAACGCCGGGAUCACGCCCUGAGCCGAAGGCAGACGCUUAACAAGACUGCGCUACCCAGGCUCCCCUCUUCUGCAUUUCUUAGUUGAAGUUCUGUAAAUAUUGUUUGUCAGCUAUUUGGUUAUCUUUAAAAUUCAGUUCACUUAGACAAAAAUCGAUUUGAUUCUUUCCCUUUAUGUAUAAGUUUUCGGAGAAUUGAGUUGGUGUCCUACAACCUCCUAAAGAGUCCCAAAACCCUGCCUUCUCUGGACUCUGCACAUCUCCAGGAGAAGAACCCAGAAAACCAAUCAGUCCUGACAGUUCUAAAAAACAUGCCCCAUUGGUUGGUGACUUUCAGGGAUGUGGCCAUCAACUUCUCUCCGGAGGAGUGGGAAUGCCUUAACGCCACUCAGAAGGACUUGUACAUGGAUGUGAUGUUGGAGAACUACAGCAACCUGAUCUCACUGGACUUGGAAUCCAGUUGUGAGACCAAAAAGCCAUCUCCAGAAAAGGGAGUUUAUGAAAUGGAAUCACUGCAAUGGGAGAAUAUGAGGAAACCUAUCAGUCAUAACCUUGAUUACAAUGGUCUUAGAGAUAUAAUGGAGGGCAAAGGAAUGUUUGAGGGUCAACAGAAAAGUCAGGAAGGAUUUUACAUGCACAUGAAAAUUACCUGUGGAGAAAAGGCCACUCAAAACCGUUCUAUGUCACCUACUCUUCAUCAGAUAAAUCCUACCAAGGAAAAAUUGUACAAAUGUAAGGAAUGUGAACACGCUUUCAACUACCUGUCAUGCCUUACUGAACAUGAGAAAAGCCAUAAUAAAGAAAAACACUCCAAAAUUAAGAAAUGUAGGAAGACCUUCAGCAAAAAGCCAGCCUAUAUUCAACAUCAGAGGAUUCAGAAUGGUGAAAAACCUUAUGAGUGUAUGGAAUGUGGGAAGGCUUUUGGUCGUAGUUCUGAUCUGAUUCAACAUCAAAAAAUUCAUACGAAUGAAAAACCUUACCAGUGUAAGGCAUGUGGGAAGGCUUUUAUUCGUGGUUCACAGCUCACUGAACAUCAGAGAGUUCAUACAGGAGAGAAACCAUAUGAAUGUAAGAAAUGUGGAAAAGCCUUUAGUUAUUGUUCACAGUAUACUCUCCAUCAGAGAAUUCAUAGUGGUGAAAAACCCUAUGAAUGUAAGGAAUGUGGAAAGUCCUUUAUUCUUGGCUCUCAACUUACUUACCAUCAGAGAAUUCAUAGCGGUGAGAAACCCUAUGAGUGUAAGGAAUGUGGAAAGGCCUUUAUUCUUGGUUCACACCUUACUUAUCAUCAAAGAGUUCAUACUGGUGAAAAGCCUUACAGAUGUAAAGAAUGUGGGAAGGCCUUUUUAUGUGCCUCGCAACUUAAUGAACAUCACAGAAUCCAUACAGGUGAGAAACCCUAUGAAUGUAAAGAAUGUGGGAAAGCCUUUUUUCGUGGCUCACAACUAACUUACCAUCUGAGAGUUCAUACAGGUGAGAGACCCUAUAAAUGCAAAGAAUGUGGGAAAGCCUUUAUUUCUAAUUCUAAUCUUACUCAACAUCAGAGAAUUCAUACCGGUGAAAAACCCUACAAAUGUAAAGAAUGUGAGAAGGCCUUUGUUUGUGGCAAACAACUUAGUGAACAUCAGAGAAUUCAUACAGGUGAGAAACCCUUUGAAUGUAAGGAAUGUGGAAAGGCUUUUAUUCGUGGUGCAUAUCUUACUCAACAUGAGAAAAUUCAUGGUGAGAAGCAUUAUGAAUGUAAGGAAUGUGGGAAGACCUUUUUUCGUGCCACACAACUUACAUAUCACCAGAGAAUUCAUACGGGUGAGAAACCCUACAAAUGUAAGGAAUGUGACAAGGCUUUUAUUUAUGGCUCACAACUUAGUGAACACCAGCGAAUUCAUAGAGGUGAAAAACCCUAUGAAUGUAAGCAAUGUGGGAAGGCCUUUAUUCGUGGCUCACAUCUUACUGAACAUCUAAGAACUCAUUCUGGUGAGAAACCCUAUGAAUGUAAGGAAUGUGGGAAGGCCUUUAGUCGUGGCUCAGAACUUACCCUACAUCAGAGGAUCCAUACUGGUGAGAAACCUUACGUGUGUGUUCAAUGUGGGAAAGACUUUAGACGUCAUUCACAACUUACUCAACAUAUGAGGCUUCAUAAUUGAAAAAGCCUUGAAUACGAUUCAAUAUAAGAAAGGCUUCAAUGUCUUUAACACCUCUGUAAUGUUAGAAAACCCAUAUUAUGUUUGUAAUGAAUUUAGGGCAUCCUUAUGCUUGUGCUCAAAAUCAACUCAUUUUUAGAAACCCUAUGUUAAUGAAUUCAGAAAUAACUUCUGGAACCCAUUAAACAUUUUUAAGAAUCUAUAACCUUGGGAGGUAAUGCUGGAGUAUAUCCUUUAUUGAGCACCAUCUCUAUUUCACCAUUUCCUGUGAAACUGGAGAAGUUAUUUAACCUCUCUGUGCCUCAGUUUCUUUGUGUAAAAUAAUGUAAUGAUAUCACAUUGAUUAAAUUAUAAAUAAUUAAAUGUAUGCAAUUCCCUUCAGACAGCAUCUGAUACUCAGUAUCUGUUGUUAUUGCUAUUAUCAUCAUUAUUAUAUGUUAUUAGAGAAGGCAAAUGGUAAGAAUAUUUUUGAGUACAGUACGAUGUAAGCAUUUUAUGACCAUCUAUCCCUCAUUUUGUUUUUGUUUUAGAUUUUAUUUAUUUGAGAGAGAGCACAUGUGCAUGAGGGAGGGGGAGGAAUAGCUGAGUGGGGAGCCCGUUGCGGGGCUCAAUCCCAGGACCCUGGGAUCAUGACCUGAGCCGAAGGCAGAUGCCUAACCAACUGAGCAACCCAGGCAGGUGUCCUUGCAUGCAGUGAUUUUAAACAUAAAGUACGAAUUAUGUUUUCCUUCUACACUUCAAGAAACAGAUACUAUGAUAUAAAUAAUAAAAUGCAUUAGUACAUAAUGGACACAAAUAACAAUUAAGAAAAUAAAAUAAUAAUAAAAGUAAAAUAAAAACCAUUGCAGAAUAAUUGAAACGGAAGUUCCCAAAACAAUACUUACCUUUUCUUCAUGCCCUCUGCGGUUUUCUAUUAUAAUGUCUGUAAUAAACAGUGUAGCCCACUCUGUUGUCUUCACAACUUAAUACUGUUCAUUAUUCCCACUCUGAAAGAUACUGGUUUUACAUUUAUAUUACAAAAUUAUAAACCAGGGGGCCCUGGGUGGCUCAGUUGAUUGGGUGUCUGACUCUUGAUUUCAGCUCAGGUCAUGAUCUUGG